UCGGACCAAUACACACAUACAGCAUGGUUCGUUGGAGAUCGACCGCGCUGAUACUGGGGCUGGUAACCCAUGGGUGCGUUUCCUUCGUACCUGCGUCUUUCGGGGGUAUUGCACGCACACCCGGGACUACUUCUUCUAUCAACCGAGCAUAUUUCUCACACGGAAGCGGCGGAAUAUGCCCUUCAUGUCAUGUUUCCAGCAGCCAAGCCAACCUGCAUCGUCGUGCAAGCUCUGCCGGUCCCCUGAUGAUGGCCAAAGGGAGGAAGAAAGGAAAGGGAAAGGCUGGCCGCCUCGAGCUCAUCGAGAGCGUCGCUGCUGCCACGGAGAAGGGAGAUGCAGAUUCGCAGUCGGAUGAACAAGACGACGAGGUAGCGACGCCGGCGUUUAACAUUGACAAGCUCAAGGCGGAGACAAAAACUCCGUUCCGCACGUUUCGGAUCUUCAUCUACGGGGCUUUUGGUGUGUCUGCUCUGAUCGGCGGAAUAACAUCGCUCACCCAACUAGCCGCAACACUCUCUGACCAGCCGGGAGCCCUGGAGCUUCAGAAGGUGCUGAUCAACCUCCUAGUGGACUUCGGGGUUAUGGCCGCGGCUGCAUUCUGCUACAAUUUCGAAACGUCACAGCAGGAAGACCUGGAGCAAGUGGAAGCGGCCAACCGGGAGAAGCGGCAGAAACUAAAGGCCACCAAGAUAACCAGUGACGUCAACGCCGACAGAGUGAAACAGCUGCGGGCCCUUAGUGUCAAGGUUCCUGGCAGCGGAAAUGGUGCUGAACUCGAAGGAGCGAAAGAGGCGCCAGUGGGCGUUCUCAUGGACGAGGCGAAGCAAGCAUUUUGCGUGUUAGCCGGAGGAAAAGAGUUCGUCCGCGACAGCAUCUUGGCCGCGAUGCUCGCCAAGAACCAGAUUUUCCCCAGCCUCAACCUGUUGGUGGUGCCGGUCGAGAUGGAGGUGGCUAGCGAUGGCAAGGGGGCCAAAGGACUAGCGAAAGGUUUCGGAACUUCGCUGUCUUACGAGGAGCAGGGUUACGUGGCCGCUCCUGUCGACGAAGAUGGAUGGCGCGCACUCAUGAGAGAGGAGUUCGAGGCAGCAGAGAGACAAGGCGUUGUGGCACAGUCCUCGGGGAAGGACGGGAUUGUGUUGCUAGUGAGCAAGAAGGGGAAGGUGCUGAGGCGGGGGGUGGGCAUCCCCAUGUGGAACAUCAUCAGAGACGAUGUCGACCCGCCUCCUGACAAGACGAAGGGCGCGAAAUAAAGAUAUCGAAUUAAUCGUUUCUAGUUCGCUCACGUCGGCGCGUGUCCAUGCAGCAGAUUACCUUGAUUGGAUCUGGUGUAUGGUUGAUGGCGGGAGGCUCGACCUUUGCCCAUACGUGUGCUAUUCGCCUCUUUGUCGUCAUACUUCCAACAGCACCGCCAUCUAUCUGCCUCCCGGUGUGGUCGUUGGCUGUGUGAAGUGGAGAUAAAACCUGGGGUGCGGUGCCGGCAACCGUACCUACCGUACAGUAAUAUCAGAUACAGGGGGUAAUAAAGAGCAACGUAGAUACGUUCGCCCAUUCUGGAGCAGCAGUGAUGACAGCACUGGGUACCCGGCGGCAGCCAGCAAACCUAUGGCUCAAGUCCAUGUUGGAUCUUGGUUCGUCACCUAGUGGUAUAUUGUAAGCGGCGACUGUCCGUUGACACUUUGCAGAGGCUCGCAAAGCACUUGUUUUGCAGAGCCAAGGAUGUUUCGAAGUGGUGCUUACACAGCCAAGAAAGGUAGUUGAGGGAGAGUCGAAGGACUCAAGCCGGACACUCGGUAGAAAGGAGGUCUUCAGAAAAACCGACCAGUGUGAACGAGAGAGAGAGAGAGAUGGAGAAUGAUCAGGUCGGGGCGAGCCAUCCUCCUCGCACUCACACAGCUUGCACUAAAGAAGAAUUUGACAAUUGGAUUUGGAAUGUAACAUAAAUUUAUCUCUGUUUAGCCUACAGUGCAAGCACAAUAAAUAACGGGAC